AGGAGGCGGCCCUCACUUGUCUCUAGACGAGUCUCGAGUUACGCCCAGCUAUGCCAAUAGCUAUGAUGGCUAUGAUGGCUAUGAUGCUAUCAAAAAGAGGGGGACAGGAAGUUUAUCUAGAUCACGAGGAAUAUCUAGUUCCUCUUUGGGUAUAAGUAGGGUGCUUCUUUCCCUGUCCUGACCACUUGUUCUAUCUUCUGUGCUUGAUACAUAGCUCAAUUGUGACUACCUAUAUCAUCCCUCGUUUACCUUGGUCAUCUACUAUUUGCCAGAGUGAGCCGGCAAUCAUGAGAUUGACCGACACCAUUCUCGUUGCCCUCCAGGCAUCGCUGGGCUUGGCCUUAGUCCUCCCCAAGGAUGAUAUCAAGAAGGAGGUUGUAGAACACAAGUACAAUGAUGCCGACCCCCAUGAGAACAACUUUCACGGCUACGAAAAGAUCACAAAGAUCACUUCACACCGAUACUAUGGACCCAAGGACCACAAGCAUCAUCAUGAAGAGAAGGAGUAUGACGACGACGACGAUGAUGACGAUGACAAGGAAGAACAUGUUCGCCACUCUCAUAAAGUAAAGGAGAAGCACAAAAAAUAUGGCCAUCAUCAUAAGAGCAAGAAGCAUGAUGAUGAUCACAAGAAGCAUCACUCCCAUGACUUCAAGAAGAAGCAACACGAUCAUGGUGAAGAAGACGAGGAGGAGGAGGAUAAGGAACGUAAACUCAUCUUCCACACAGACGAGUUCAAGAAAGCCAAGAAGAAAACCGAGGAGAAAUUCCCAUUCCUCAAAGAUCUUGAGUCGGAGACCCCCAAGUCCUACCACAAGCACAAAGUUGAACAGAAGCAUGAUAUGGAGGAGAAGAAGGAAGCGAAAAAGAAAUACCCUUUCCUCAAAGAUGUUGUGUUGGAGACCCCCAAGCGCUACCACAAGCACAAAUAUGAACAGAAGCAUGAUAAGGAAGAGAAGAAGGAACAGACCAACUCGAAGGAUGGCAAACUGUACAAGUUUAUUCAUCGAGGUGGAAUGGACGUCAAGCGCGAUGUCGACAUCAACAUUCAUGCUCCAACCUACGAGAUUCAUCAUGAUUCCGACAAGAAGCAUGACCAUGGCGACGCCAAACUUGUCAAAAUCUUUCGUGUAAGCUCGCAGGAGUCGACUGAUGAAACGAAGUAUCCCAAGUACGAGUAUGAUGACGAGCAGAAACACAAGAAGCCAACAAAGGAGUACCAUUCCUUUCCUAAGUCUCUCUAUCAGGACGGGAAAUCGAAACAUUCUGGUGAACUCUACAAGGAAAACCAGACUCAAACUGCUAAGAAAGCCCAUUCCCUUCUUAGGCCUCACCGUGAGCAUAUCAAGUCUAAGCACUAUGAUAGUCACGACAAGGGUCACUUUGGAAGUGAAAAGAAGUACCCCCAGUCAAGCAAAGGUCACAAUCACACUGAAGGGCACCGCCCCAAGCCUGUUGUGGAAGCUACCAAGAGGAUUCUCGACCUGAUCGACCUUUUUUUCAAAAAGGAUAAUGGGCACCAUGGCUCUCCCAAAAAACCAUCCUAUCAGUAUAAAUCUUAUCCUUCUCAUGAUUACUCUGAUAAGGACCACCCUGGCCCUCACAAUAAUCGCUACCCCGAUGACAAGAAACCCCAUUUGAGGCCAUCAAAGGACACUCACCAUCAUUAUAAGCCCAAGAAUGGAUACAAGAAGUCUAAUCAAGCAGAGGAUAGGCAAAUUGGUGAAGAGAAGAAGAAAGCACUGCAAAAAAUCAUCGAAUCCCUCCUCGACCUUCUUCCUGUCAAGAGGGCAGCCCCUGAAUACCGUUCCAAGAAGUCUAAGCCAUCCGAAGAUGAUCAGGACUCGCACCAUGAGUCCGAGAAAGAGCACCACUCCCAUGAGAGACCUUCCUAUCUAUACAAAGAGCAUGCCGAGUACAAGCAUGAUGGCAACAAGAAGCAUAUCAAGCUGAGCGAAGACCGUUCCUCUCACUAUGAGCCAGGCUAUAAACAUCAGGAGUUGGACUCACAUCACGACGAAAAGAAGAACGGCUAUGAUCAUGACCAUGAGGACUCUGAGAAGGGUCAACACUCGCAUGAUAAGCCUAUUUCUCAGUACAAGAAGAAAUUCGACUAUAAGCAUGAUGAUGAGAAGAAGCAUAUCCAACUGAGCAAGGAUCACGUCUCGCAGCACAAGCCAACCUAUCAUUAUAGGAAGCCGGAUCAUCAACAUGAUGACAAGGACCAUGAGCAACCUAAGAGGCCCGAACCUCAUCAUGACGAUCAAGAGGCCGAGCACCAUGGGGGCUAUAAGAAAUCAAAGGACCACUACUCAUACGACAAGCCAAGAUACCACUAUAAGGAGCAUUCUGAGUACAAGCACGACGAUGAUAGCGAGCGUGGCUCGUUGGAUCAAAGAGUGAAGCUGGAUCGUAAGCACAUCGAUCACUACAGAAAGUCUGGACAUCAUAAGGACCGCGAAGAUGAAACGAAGGCAUACAAGGAUCACCAGUCUCGUCGUGAGCCUCACGCCAAGAGAUCAAACAAGCUUGUACUCAAGCUCAACACCACUCAAAUCCUCAACCUGGAAGCCCUUAAGCCGCAGGACCGAAAGCGACUCGCAAUGGGCCUGCCCCUUGAUGAGCAGACCAGAAAGGAAUUCGGCGAGUUCAAGGACUGCACCCCCAAGCUGAUUACCAAGCUCAAUGCCAUGUAUGCUACCAUCGUCGAUGACCCCAAGUACGCACCUUUCAUCAAGUACAUCAACACAGAACGCAAGUUUUCCGACAGAAAGAGAUCUGCUUCUGAGCUCACUCCAGAGAUGCUCGCAAAGAUCGAGGCUAUGGAUCCUAUGAUUCGUGGCAUAGCUGCAGACCAACUCGAUUUUGACGCGAAACUCAAAAAAGAGUUUGUGAGUGCCGGAAAGCUCUACCCCGGCCUUAUCAAGAAGCUUGAGAAGGAGUACGCGCGUAUUGUAAAGGACCCCAAAUACAAGAAGAUCCUUGAGAAGCUCAAGUCUCAUGGGAAGCGAUCAUCCCCGCCCAAGAUCCCCAAUAGGAUACUUAAAAAGAUCGAGGCCAUGGAUCCAGUCCUACGACGCGUAGUGGCAGAGAAACUCGAUCUUCCCGCGAAACUCACAGAUGAGUUUGUAGAUUGCGGAAAGCUCGACCAAAAUAUGAUUCACAAGCUCAACUGGGAGUAUGUCCGCAUUUACAACGAUCCCAAAUACAAAGAGAUCCUUCAAGAGUUCAACACCAAGUCCAAGCGAUCUAAGGGUCAGGACGAGAAUACCCAGGACGAGCUCAAGCCCCUGACCAAAGAUGAGAUGAAGGAGGAGGCCAAGUUCAAGAAGGAGGCCAGGGAGGAAGUCUUGGCCAGUGAGCCGAAAAGGCUCACUCCAAAUCAGCUAAGUGUGAUCGGGCGUAUGCCUAAAGUGCAUCGCGAUGCUGCAGCCAAAAAGCUUGACUUGCCUAAAGAUUUGCGAAAAUGGUUCGUGAAGAACAGAGUCUAUAAGGGUGAAAAUCUCGAGCAACUGAACCAUGAGUGGAUCCGAGUUCAAUCAGACCCUCAAUAUGCAGACAUUGUCAAGCAGAUCAAGGCGUUGGAAUUUAAGGGAUCCGGUGAAGAUGACCAGUUAGUCAAGGACAAAGCCAAGAAGAAAGCCAGGGAGAAAGCCGAGGGGAUAGACAAGAUACGGAAGCGAUCUGAACACCAGCUUACCGAGAAGCAACUCGAAAGUCUGCUUAAGCUGGACAAAUACGAGCGCCAGGCCCUCGCGAGAAAGCUUGAGCUGGACCAGUCACUCGCUUAUGAGUUCGUCAACACAUCUAAGCUGAACCCUGUUCUCAUCGAGAAAUUCAACGAGGCUGUCUCCAAGGGUGCCGGUACUCCUCAGCACCAAGAACUCCUCAAGCUUGUUGGCCAGGAAUCCCCCAAGCCUAAGGAGGAAGAGCUGAAGCUAGAAUCUAUCAAGAAGGAGGUACGCCUGGAAAUCGCCAAGAGCCUGGAGUUCGACGAAUUCACCAGGGAAGAGUUUUUGGAGGCCAAGGAGCUGGAUAGCAGACUCUUGGACAAGGUCACGAAGUUUUGGGGGCUCAAGAGGAUGAAGACCGCAGAGCAGGGAAAGAAGGACGACAUUAAGCACUCUGAGGUUGUGAACAAACUUCUUGAGUCGGCCCUGGACAAGAAGCGCCAAGAAGGUGAAGAUCCCCAGCGUAAGGACACCGAUGAUAAGAAGCUCACCGAGGCUGACCAGAAAAUGAAGGAGAAGCUUGAAAAGACAAAAGCAAACGGAUGGUGCGAUGAGUUCGUUAGUGAGCUUGAGGACGCCUGGGGCACUAAGAAGAAGAAGACGGAAGAUGAGAGCGGUGUGAAGGAGUAGUCAAGCUGAAGUUGUUCAGAUUGAGAUACGGAGAUCAGUAGUUAGAGGCAAAGGUACUUACUUGAUUGGUUUUGUUCGCAGGGUCUGUUUACUGGGCCCAAAUCAGUAUUUACACACCUACCUUGGAUAAUGAAUACAUCCGUUUCGAGACCUGAUUCAGUUGCA